UUGAGCUCUUGGCCAAACAUAAUUGAACACUUGACCGUAAUGAAGAAACUUUUCUUCGACGAGAACUUUUAAAGAGCUAGUGAACCACCAAUCAGAAUAGCCAUCUCAAGAUCCAUAAUAUCUGAGUUAUUGCGAGCCUCUCCAUUCUGCCAGAACCACGGAGGUUGAAGGAGCUCCGAUAAUCUGAAGAAAACCGAUUUCUGUCUACUCUAGUCUCUAGCGUCCUGACCAUCACAGCAGAAUUUAACUUCCCGCUCUCAUUAUUUGAUUUGGGCUUAUCGUGAGAUACAUUUAUUUUGUAUAAAAUUAAAAGAAUACAGCUAAGAAAUAACAGGACUUGAAAGAAAGCAACAGCCAACAGAAAUCAGCUUUGCGAGCGACGUGAACUGAACAAAGCUUCCAAAAUUCAAGAAUGCUUUCUGGAUGGUACCAGCUAGCUAGUCAGUGACAGUGUCAUGUUUCUUGAAAAUCACCUGGCGGCACAGUCUUUUUCAGGGAAUGGCUGAGGGCGGACUGCCCCAAGAUCUGACUGGUGUCGCCAAGGAUGAUGGUGAUACCGAUGAUGAGUUUAGUGAUGAGGAGGAAGAAGGAGAUGCCCCAAUGGCACAGGAUUCAUCGGAUGGGUCGGAUGAAGAAAUAGAUUUGAGCGACCUUGAGUCAAGUGAUGAUGAGGGAAGUGACAAUGAUGAGGAGGAAGAUGAGGAGAAUGAUGAUGAAUCCCCAGAUCAAGGAGAUGCUGAAAAGGAAGGUGAUGAAAAGAAGAAAAGGGAUCUGAAAUCACUCCACUCUGUCUACAAGUUAUGCGAAAGACUGUACAUCUAUGCACCCAGAAAAAAUCUAAACCUUAUGCAUGACUUUACCGAGUCGGAUUUGUUUGUAAUAGACGGUGAUUCUAUUCUAGCCGACAUCUUUGCUCAACCUGGGUUAGACUUCUCACAUGGUGGACAACUGCUUCACUUGGUCUAUCUUGUAGAAUUCUUCCUGCAGGAUUUCCAGGAGCGUGAGGGUCAAUUCCACGUCAUUUUCUUCUCAGAAGCCGAGACUCUGUGGCACAGUCAUCCACUUGAACUACUUACUCGACGUAGCAUCAUACAACACCUUAAAUAUAAUACAAGGUGCACUGUGAUAACCCAUAUACCCAACCCAUACAGCGCAGAGUGGAGUGAAUACAUCAGCCGUCAUCAUCCAGCGUUUGUCAUGCUUAGUGACGGUGAGUCGGUUGCAACCGAUGGGAUGCGCCAGCUCUUGAUACGUUCCCUAAUGCUGUCAGCAGUCAGGAAGGGCGUGGAUUGUGCCUUGUCCUCCAAUCUGAGCCGGUCACUGAGGAGCAUUGAUACAUUCUAUGUUGAGGCAAGGAAAGUGCACCCUCAUUUCAAGAGUCCAGAUAUCUGCAAGAAUGAUGUUAUUGCCAUUGGCUAUAGACUAGCAACGCAGUGUUUGAAGAGAAAAAAUGCCCAGGGCUACAUUGACACAGAAUUGUCCAUGCUAUGCAAGCAGCUGCUUUCUAGUGUUGAGAACAACAUAGGUGAUCAAAACUUGAUGUCUACUAGUCGUGACCUCAUCGUGGUCAUGGCUUGUGCUGAGAUCAUCAAGGGAACAUUCGAGAAAAAACAUGGAGGCACUGACAAAACCUUUUUGGAAGGUGCUGCUCGAGCUUUUCUUUUACAUGUGGUCUUAUUGCAAUACCUCCCUCUUGAGGCCAGAGCUCAAAAUGCACCAGAUGACGAUUUGAUUUCACCGAGCGCAACAGGACUCAUGAAAGAUUUCCUUCAGAAGAUGCAUUAUGCCAUGGCCCGAUUGGUGGCUUCAUAUGGCAAGCUACGAGAAGAACUUGCCGAACUGAAGGGGAUCAAGGAAACCGAGAGUCUAGCAGACCUGAUAGAUGGCAGACUUCUCUAUGUUAUCCUGUACCAGCUUCAGAAGUACUCAAAAAACGACAUCAAAGUUACUUUUCCACCUGAUGUUCUUGCAAAGUUCAAGUAUUUAUGGACAAUAACCUGCUCACUAGCAGGGUCAACUAAAACAGAUGACACAAGUCUUGCUGGAGGAUUAUGCUCGGAAGACAGUAUCCUCCUGACUUCACCGGUUAAUAUCUUUCAAAGCACAUCAAAGGAACUUGAGAGUGAUGAAUACUUGACCAACAAGAAGAAGGGUCUCAUUGCAGUCUCAUCCCAGAUAAUCACAGAUUAUGCAGGAGAUCUCCUCAAAGAACUGCAAUGUAAAAAUGAGGUCAACCUGCAAUCAGUUACUGCAAGAUCCAGGGCAUUUGUGGAGAACUACCACUGGCAUACUGGAAGACCUCUCAAAGAUCACUUCGAGACCACACGGGAAGAAAAAUUUGGCUCUUCAUCCAUUUCAAAUGAGCAGAUAUCGGACGCUGUUAAGGCACUUUGUGCAAGUGACCUACGUGAAGUAUUCGCCAUGCUUGGUCUUACAACUGUGGAAAUCAACAACGCCUUCAGAACUGCGCGCAAUGCUAGGAGUGAUGAUGAUAAGAAUCAAAAUGUCUUGAGAGCUUGGCGGAGGAAGGAAGGUUACAAUGCUUCAGUGGACGCCCUCUUGGAGGCGUUGGAGGAAUGCCAGUACAUAAAGGCUAAGACUAUCCUGCUGGCAAAAUGGAGUAAACCAACCCAGCUUUCAGACUAUGAAAAGAAACGACGAGAAAAGGACAGACAAGCAUUUGCCCGCUACAUGCAGAACUAUGGAGAGUCUGUUGAAGGCAAGGCUGGUCUAAGCCAGAAGAUGAUCAUCGUUGACAAGGGUAACGUCUCCAGGAGUAAAGGUGGUGGGGGUGCCCACCAGGGACAGAAGAACAAACAGAAUGUGACAAAGAAAGAGAAGAUACUUCAAGAAAAAGAUCAAAAGGAUCGAGAGAAAUCAGAAUCUGAAGCUGCUGAAAGGUGGUCAAAUAUCCUAACAAACAUAAAGUCAGAAGUAUUCAAGGAGAAGUUUACAUCUGCUCUGAAAAUAAUACAUGACUUUGUGAGUCACUGUGCAUCAGACAAGUGGACCAUAGAGGCUCUGUUGGCAAAGAUGGACUGCUAUUGGAUUGCAUUAAAAGCCGUGAAAGCUGCAAGGAACACCACAGACAUCCAAUCCUCUACGUUCAGUGAAGUAUCGGAGAAAGAUCCCAUGUACUAUCCCAUAAUGCUCUUCAUCUGCUGUCAGGAAAUCUUGAAGCUAAAGGAAAAGUUGAGCAAGAAACAUUUCCAUCUGAUAGGAGCAUACAUGAGAGGCCUCGGGUUCACACCCUUUGCUGAGUACAUCGAGGGCUUACAGGGGACGGCAGAAAGCAAAGCUGCUGCUUACAAGAAACCGACUAAAACAGUGUUUGGUAAACUACCAGGCCAAGAUGAAUGUGCAAUAGGGAUGACGUGCACACGAUUUCAACUCCAGUUUGUGGGUCAGUGGAUGAAACGAGAUGAACGCACUGAUAAGGAUCUAAGAGUUCCACACUUCAUCCCAGACACCUGGCAGCGUGAACUUCUUGACGUCGUAGACAGGAACGCAUCUGCUCUGAUCGUAGCGCCAACCUCAUCAGGAAAAACCUAUGCAUCAUAUUACUGUAUGGAGAAGGUACUGAGACAAAGUGAUGAUGGAAUCGUCGUCUACGUCUCUCCCACCAAGGCUCUCAUGAAUCAAGUGGCUGCGACAGUGUAUGCACGCUUCAAGAAGAACAUGCCUCCAGGGAUGCACAUUAGUGGAGUGUUUUCAAGGGACUUCCGACGUAACGCUCUCACUUGUCAGGUCUUGGUGACUGUCCCACAGUGUUUGGAGAUCUUACUGCUUUCUCCAUGUCGUCAAGAAUGGUCAAAGAAGAUUAGGUAUGUCAUCUUUGAUGAGGUUCACUGCCUUGGAGGUGAAAUAGGAGCAGAGGUGUGGGAGCAUUUACUUGUCACCAUUAAAUGCCCAUUUCUGGCCCUCUCUGCCACUAUCCGCAGCCCGGAAGACAUACGCGGCUGGUUGCAAGCUAGUCAAGACUUCAAGCGUCUCCAGGCUGAAGAAAUACAGAAACAACAGCAGCAAGGUUCAAAGAAGAAAAACAAGAAACAACCAGGUCUGAAGGUAGACAAGAAAUAUAAGGUUGAACUAGUUGUAUGGAAGGAACGCCACUCUGAUCUGGAGAAAUAUGUCUACUUGCCUUACCCUCGUAAACCAGAUGAUGUGAUUAUGCCAAAAGAUCGCACUCUCUUGGACACAUCACAAUUUGUAGCAAUGCAUCCAGUGGGUGUUCUGGACCUGAAGAAGCUGAAAUCUCAUGGACUACCAGCAGACCUGAGUCUGUCACCCAGAGAGACUGUUAUCCUCUAUGAUGCCAUGCUUGAGGUAUACCCUGAAUGUCAACAACUCAAGGCACUGGAUCCAGAUGUAUAUUUCCAAGACAUUCCUGUCUUGGAGAAGCAAGAUGCUCGUAAAUACGAGAGAAAACUCUUGGCUGAGUUCAUGCGAUGGACUAAAAAUCAAGAGGAGGCUGAGAAGGUGAUCGGUAAAUUAUGUCAACCUCUGAUAGACAACACAAAGGAAUGGUCUGAAGAAUGGGAGAAAGAAACGUGGCCCAAAGAUGGCCUAAACUCUAACUCUGCAGCAUGCCUCCAUUUCGAUAAGCUGAUCCUUCAACUCAACGAGCAGAAUAAACUACCAGCUCUCGUUUUCAGUCAAAAUCGUACACUUUGUGAACAUUUAGCCAAGGCAGUUGCGACCUCAUUGGAAGAGACAGAAACCAAACUGAGAGGAGACUUUGAAAAGACUGAGCAGUGGAAGGCUGCCCAGAAGGCAGUGUCAAGAUUGGAGAAAGUCGCAAGGAGAACAAAGGACAAAGAAUCUGAUGAGACGUCACACGUUAAAUUACAUGAACAUACUCGCCGCCGAUUAACAGGAAACAGUUCUGGGAAUCAAGACGCAGAGAGUUUUGCUGCUUGCCUGAAGGAAGCAAAUGAUACCGAGAGAAGAGAUUUGCUGGCAGCGGAGCACUUCUUGUCGAAAGAUCCACUGCCAAAUUGUACUCUCCAGGGCGAAGGCAAUAUGACAAAAGAGGAAGUAGAAGAGACACUUAGUCGCCUCCCCAGAGAUAGAACAUCAGGCUUUCUUCGUUGGUUGAUAUCCAGAGGUAUAGCCUACCAUCAUGCUGGACUAAGCAACAAACAGAGGGUUGCUGUGGAAACCCUAUUCCGAAGGAAGCACCUCAAGGUUCUAAUAGCUACUUCUACGCUGGCCCUAGGAAUUCAUGUGCCUUGUAAGACAGUCAUCUUUGCUUGUGAGGAUCUCUGGCUUAAACCACUGGCUUAUAGACAGAUGGCCGGCCGUUCAGGUCGCAGAGGUUUUGAUCUCGUUGGCAAUGUCAUCUUCUACUGCGUUCCUCCGCAAAAGAUCCGGCACUUGAUCUCAUCUGGUCUUCCAAACCUGAGGGGUCACUUUCCUUUCAGCGUCAGUCUUGUGGUGAGACUCAUGGUGCUAACACACAAUUCAGAAGACAAGAGAGAUGCUCAUGAGAAGGUUUUAUCUCUACUGAAGCAUCCUUUUGUGUGUCACAAGGCAGCAGACAUGGAGGAAGUAGUGAAGCAUUUCUUCCUGUUCAGUGUGGAUUAUCUCAUACAUGCAGGUCUUCUUGACAUCAGCGGUACACCGAUAGGUCUUUCAAGACUUGCUACUCAUCUUCACUACCACGAACCAGCAAACUUGACCUUCGUCACCAUGCUCCAAGAGGGCGCUUUUCAUAAGCUGUGCAAACCAAACAUGGAUGGUUCUUUCUCCCAAUCUGUGAUGGAGAAACUAGUGUGUGUUCUUGGAAACAUGUUUGGUCGUAUAACGAUGCCUGGAUCUGUGGUGCAGAGGAUAAAAAGCAAGGGCGUUCAUUCCAAGGUUGUGUUUGGGGAGUCAGUUGUGAUGCCAAAGGAAUUUUCUGACAUCCUCAAGAAGCACAACAAGGAUGUCUUGGAGAUGUUCAGAAGCUACGUCGACACUGUGUGUGAUUAUGCUGUCAAAAGAGAUGACGGAGUCAAGCAAAAUGUGCUACCUCUCUCAAAAGUUGCAAUACAGCCACCGGUCUUAUCACCGCCUUCAUUGAAUACUUCUGGAGAAGAAGGCAACCUAAUUACCAAGCUUACAGCCUCAUCCAACAAGGGCACAACCUUGUCUCCAUUUGUGAUGACAUCUGGUAACAAGGACAAGGAUCUCGAGGAGUUUGAUGCAGACAUAUCUCAGGCUAUUCGUCAAGGAGUUCAUAUAGAACAAUCCAAAAUACCAACACUGAUACCAGCAGAAGACCUUGCUGACAACCGCGGAAAGAAGCUCUAUGUGAAUGCAUACGCAUAUGACUUCUUCAAACAUGGCUCAAGGAAGCUGAUUGAACGAGAAAACGGACUGGAAUCUGGUGAAACAUUUGAUAAGCUGAAAGAUUUUGGUAUUGUCAUAGCAAGAAUCAGUGUUGCUUUGGAGGAGCAAGGGCCACGUCAGGAUGAUGUUGUGCGAGCUUUCAAACAGCUCAAGAAAGAAUACGCUGCAAAAUUUAGGAAUCAGUACGAUACCAGUAUCUUUUGAGGGUCCCCAAGGCAUCCUCCCUCCCCUCCAUCUAUAUAGGCCUUUUGCAAGUGCAAAAGUUUACAGAUGAGGUGAAUUUCUUUUUUUAAGAGGACACAACCGAUAUAUAGUAUAUGUACAUUCCAAAAGACAAAGCAAAAGAGAGAGAGAAAAAAAAAUAAAUGUAGCAAUUAAGUGCCAAGUGCACAUACCU